CGCUCCCCCCGAGGUCAUUGCAACAAGGCUUAUCCUUUCCUCCUCCCCAAGCUCGCACCUAACACAUCCAUGCGACGGUUGUCGCGGCGUCCAUCCCCCGGGGCGUCGAAGACUGUGCGAGGACGACGAGCGGCGGCGUGGGAGGAGGCAGCUCAUGCCAUGGACAAGGACGAUCUACAAAACAGCGAUCCAACAAUGGAUGAGGAAGAAUCUUCUGAUGGAUCUUUUUCAACGCGCUUUUCAGCUCCCCGUUUGCGUGAGGUUGCAGACAAUGAGCUGAAUGAUAAAAAGAGAGCAUUGCUAGAGAAGUCUAGUUUUGGGUCGUUGAUGAAGAUCAGUCCAUUUUAUGUACCCCUUGAGCUGAUUGACUGGGUAGUUAUGAAAAUAGACACUCAGCGUUCUUUGUUUAGUCAUAAAAAGAAGACUAUAUUAUUCACUAGAGACAUGGUGCACAAAAUUUUUAAUGUCCCAUCCGGACCAAGGGCAGUGGAGCUGCUAAAGAGGAAUGAACGUUGUGAGUUGCGCGACAUUUAUCGAAUAGGUACAAGGGCUCCAAUGAAGAAAUCAAUUUCUGUAAUCAAGGAAGCAGCGGACGAUGAUGCCAUUACUCUAGAGAGGACUUGGGUUCUUUUAUGCCUUGCUCUUGUCUUAGUUCCUGGUACCGGCAACAUGGUCUCUAUGGAUUAUCUUGCAAGUUUGAAGGACCUGGAUGAAAUCAAUGAGUUUGUGUGGGAUGAGCAUGUUUUGGCAACUGCAUUGAGGGAGGCGAGGAAGUACCAACAAAAUAGGGAGGCUGGGGCAAGUGGCUUCUGGAUAGGUGGCUGUCUACCUAUGUUUGCGUUAAUUUACAUGGAUUUCCUGGAGGUGCCCCGGUCUUUGGUUAGUGAGGGGACAUUCAAGUACUCGCUCCAUAGGGCUUGCUUCGUGCGCGAUGCAGAUUUCAAGUUGGUUACAGAGUUUGACAGGAACAAGCUUGCUCUUGAUAAGGUUGAAUUUGGGAAGCGCAAUCAUCGCUCUCUGUCUCAGACACCUUAUGCAAUAUUGGAUGCAGACAAGAAUUGUGAGGGCCAGACUCAAAAUCAUCAGGCAAAUGCCAGUAAUAGAGCUGCCAAACCCAACACACAAGUCAGGGGUGAUGGUGACUUAGGCGGCGAGUUUUGUGGCUCUCUGGACGAGUGGCUGCAACCACUCCCUUCAUGCGAAGAGUUGGAGAUUCCGUUGCAACUGAAGCCUAUAUAUGAGAAGCACAAAAAGCUUUAUAUGGCAGAGUUGAAGAAUGUUGUCACGUCUUUUGGGAAGGUGUUGCAGUCAACUUUCUGCAAGCGUUUAGGCUAUAUGUUGCUGGAAGCCCACUCCAAUGCAACGUCAAACCAGGAGCACAGAAGAGAAGGUGGAGACUUGACCUUUGUCGUCCCGAGAGUCAAUGCAGCAAGCAGCGAGGAGCGCACAGGAGCUGUGUCAUUUGGCAUCCCAACAGCCACCGCAGCAGGAGUUGUUGCCGGCUCUUCUACAUGCACAUUGUCGGAGCCUGAUAUCCGGGUAGAAGAAGGUGCUGAUGAGCAGAACAAGUCAACAGCUACUGUUGUAAGUGCUGCUCUAAAAGGAAGGGAGUGCAGUGUAUUAGGUGGAAAAGUUGGGGUGGAGGCGGAACACGGAGAGGGGGGAACAGCGGGUCGAAGCACAAGCCCCCGAGUGCAGUGUUCUGAGGGUGCUGUGUUGCAACAAGUCAGGAGUAGCAAUCAUUGUCGAGGGAAGGAUUUUGUGGAGCAGGACGAAGUUGCAAUUCAGGGUGGCAAGGUGAUCCCCCAAGAUGCUUGCAACAUCAAUGCCUCGGGGGCUGAUGACAAUGUUGAAACGCCAGUUCUUUCACAGGGCACAUUGCAGGCAAUUGCUGUAACUGCCUUAGAGUGGGAAGAUGGCCCAUGUUGUGCUCUUUUCAAGGAGGGGACCGAAGACUAUGAGUGGUUCAAUCAAAAAAUAGAGAGACCAGUCAAGCCUGUGCAGACAUCAAAUACUUCUAGCUCUGAUGUGCCGAAUUCAACCUCAUCAGGGCCAACUUUCGACAGCACUCCUCAUUUUGAAAGGCCAAGCAACCCGACACCUGCAACAAUUGGCACAGCUCCAAAGCUUCCAAGGCAAAAUGACAUUCCAGGGCCUGUGUUCGAUGUGUCCCCCAUCUUAUUCAAAACACCAUCAUCGGAUGGACCUCAAGUGGUUUUGCACGAAGCAUUGGAGGUCAAUGUUGAGGCCAGGGACGGGUCUGACAGUCAUGAUGAAGGAGUUUUAAUAUCCAAGCAUAUCUGUUGUUGCAGGCCCGAUUUCAUUGAAAUAGAUGGCUUCCAUACAUCUCUGCAGAACUUUCACGGGUCUCUAAAGCCAAUAGCUGAGAUCGACAACGAGGUCAUGACCUUAUACCUGAGGACUUUCAACUAUGAUCAGUCGGUAAAGAAGAAGAAACCCAAGAUGUUUGCAUUCUUAGUGUUGAUGAGUACAAAACUCAGUGCUGAGCCCGAUGUGUUUGAUCCGAAGGUGUGCGAAAGAGAAUUUAGGAGUGCUUGCUCAGAUUAUCAUAUUUCAAAAUCUGACUUACUAUUCUUCACGGUUGUUCACAAAAGGCACUGGGCAGUAGUAGUUGUUAACACUGCCCAAAAGGAGUUCAAUAUUUUUGACUCGACCAAGAACUCAAAAGACCUAUUCGAGAUGGACAAGAUUACUAAGAAUCUGAUCGCCAAUAUCAAGAGUGUUGCAAUGAGGGAGCCCCUUUUCAAGCAUGAUCUCGAGUCUUUCACAGUGUUCUCCCCAGCUAAUUACCCGCGACAAACAACUUAGAAUACAUUCCAAAUCUUCGAAUACGCAUUUCAGCGGAUCUGCUGAGACACCCGAACAACAAGCUGGACCCCGCGCAGCAGCUGAAGCUCCUUCUUCAGCGUUAGAUUCAUGGUGUCGAGCUUCUGGAACUUGAGGAGGCGUGGUGGUAGCGGGGCCUGGUGGGGCUCUUUUUUGUAGCUACUGUAGUCACACUUGUAAUGCUUAUAGGAAGUUGACAACAUGCUGUACUGUGACUUUUGUUUGGAGUCCAUCUGAGUUGAACCCAGAGCUUUUGAAUUUUUCAAUAUGUAUUUACUUGCUUCAAGAUGAAUUUGAUAUUCUUCGUCCUGGCUCGAGAAUGUUGUCACAAGUAAUUACAGUGUUUUAUGUAUUUAGUGCAUGUUCAGUU